AUGGAGGAUGAUGCAGCUGUUUUCGUCCAGAGCUGGGGACUCGACAUCAUUGGAAAUAUCAACCCGCGGUCCUCAAAGCAUCACGAUCGGACAGUGCACGAUAAUCCUCGGACAUGGCAUGAGCAACUGCCAAUAGCACUCUGGGCGUAUCAAACAUCACCAAGAAGUUCCACUGGUGCCUCUCCCUACUCCCUCGUUUACGGUGCAGACGCCAUCCUACCAGCAGAAGUUAAAAUCCCAUCAGCUAGGAUUGCCGAAGCAAGUGGAGUUCGAUGGGAUGAAGCUGAAGCAUUGAGUGCCAGAGUAGAAGAAUUGGACACUAUAGAUUCCAGAAGAUCCAAGGCAAAAGAUUAA